AUGCUCCAAGGGGUAAAUUGGAAUGAAUUGCUUUACAUAGGUCUAAGUUCUUCUGUGGAACUGCCAACAGGGUCUAGUCCGGUAGAAAAGAGCCUUAAUUUGCAGAUUAGUGAUCUCGGUGGAAGUGGUGAAAGAGAUGAAGGUGAAGAUGGUGAUGGAGGCGGUGGUUGUGGAAGUGGUGGUGGUUGUGGAGGUGGUGGUGGUGGUGGAGAUGGAGGAGGAGGUGGAGGUGGAGGUGGAGAUGGUGUCAUUUAA